AGGCAUCAGCCAGUCGUCUGGCCGGACCAACUGUCAUUUAGACAGAGUGGACAUGAUGGGGCAGACACCACGAGAGCUGGAAAAACACGAAUUAAACGUUUCAAGAAGUAUCAAAAACAACUUUUAAAGUUGCUCGCGUGAAGGUUCAAGCUUUACGUCGGCAUGUGUUAGUGUCUCACAGAGAAACUUUGGCAGUACGUCUUUCUUACUGCGACAGGAAUCGGUUUCAGAGGAUGUCCGCCCCGAGCAACUCGCUCCAGCAGCCGAGGGUGAGACGCAGCAAUGCGGGCUCCCCGGGCUCGUUCAGCGGCGGCGGCGGCAACAACAACAGCAGCUGUCGUUUGCAACCCAUCCGUGCCACCGUGCCCUACCUGUUCCGGCGCGGCGGUCCGGGCAGCCCGACGCGGCCGCAGACCCUCCACGGUGGAGCCGCGAGCAGCCGAGGCUCGAGCCCCCCAUCCAGCCCGUCACUCGGUUCAGGAAGUGCGAAGCAUGGACUGUCCCCCGAAAACAAGGACUCCUCCUGUCCCCCGGACUCUCCGGUUUCCAGAGCAGAGAGGUCCAAGUUGCAGGUUCGGAGCUCCAGUGCCAUCCGGCGGACAUCUUCCCUGGACGCCAUCACAGGACCAUACCUCACUGGGCAGUGGCCUCGGGACUCCCACGGACCCUACCCUUCCUGUAUGAAAGACAAAGCCACACAGACUCCGGGUCUCUGGAUCGACGAGGGAGCAGAACAGGGAAGUCCUCACCAGCGGUCGGCCUCCUGGGGCAGCGCGGACCACCUCAAAGAGAUUGCUAAACUGAGACUGCAGCUGCAGCGCAGCAAACAGGUCAGCCGGCAGAACAAAGACCGGGAGCAGAGCUCACUGCAGCUGCUGCAGCAGCAGGCGCAGCAUGGCGCCGCAAGCCAACCGCAGUACAAGGGAACUUCACCAGCCCCGUCAACAAUCCCCGUGCCCAAACCCCUCAUAUGCAGGGUGCCGAGCAGUGUGGAGGGCAUCAACCACGAGCUAGAAAAUGUGUUUAUCAGAGAGAACUGGGAGCAGGGGAUACAGGCCAUGGACGCGGUGGACGGCCGCCGCGCCCCCUUUCCGCCGCAUCGCUACGGCAGCGGGGACACGCGUGACACGGACACGCAGGCCCCCUCGAGUGGCGACUCCAGCCCGUCGCCCCGCCCCCGCAGCUCUGACCACGCCCACUCUGGUGAUGGAAGCCCGUGCUCUGCAGAGGAAAUUGACAAAGACGGUUUGUGCAGUUCUCCUCUUCCCAAGUUUGCCACAUCGCCCAAACCCAACAACAGCUACAUGUUCAAACGGGAACCUCCAGAGGGCUGUGAGAGGGUCAAAGUGUUUGAGGAGAUGGUGUCCGGCAGAUCAAAAGGCUUCCCCCUCUUCUCGUGCCCCGACAAAAACAAGGUGAACUUCAUUCCCAGAGGCUCCGCCUUCUGCCCCGUCAAACUCCUCUGCUCCUCCCUACUCUCCCCCAUCUCUCCUGCCGUCGCGCCGCCGGCCUCCGCCGUCGUCUGCGCCGGCGUGAACGCAGACGACGGCGCAGACGGCCAGAGCGUCGACGCGGGGAAAGACGGCUCGCCACAAGUCCUCCUCACCAGCUAGUCCUCAGGUAUUCUCGACCAAACCACCUGACGGCUGGAACGCCGCAGUGAAGUCGGGGUGGUACGGCUUCACAACGACAACAACAAAAAACACGCACACAAAAAAAUUUAAAAGGUCCUUGCACACUGGGAGUGCCUCAGGUCUACAAUAAGGGUACCAGACAGUUUGGUCGUUGUUGUUCAGACUUCAGAGCGUCCUUGGGCGCCGCCUCCCUUCACCCACCGCUAACAUCGCCCCGCCUCCUCUGUACCAUGAAAUGCCCAUAAGCGAAGAAAAAGACUGCUCAAAUAAUCUUUUUUUAUGUGACACCGGCAGUUUUAUCACGCUGGAGAAAGUUGGGGGGAAAAAAAGGAAAACUCAGAGAAACAUUUACCACUCGUGUUAUCUAACCGGCUUAUUAGCUGUUCAGCGUGCUAACAUCUGAAUACAUAUACAUACGCUUUUAUGACAGGAUGGGAAAUGCCCCGUUUCAUGUGUUUACAACAUCUUGAUAUGCUACACGUUGCCUCCACGUUAACCACACAGGCCGUGACCUAUUUUUUUAUUUGUGUUUUGUAGCACAUUGUCUUGGUGAAAACCAGCAGACGAGCCGAGAUCUGCUUUUCUAGUCUGAUCACUAUUAAUUAGCUCAUCACAAAAAAAAAAAGCUAAAUGACAGGUGUGAUUUUUCAGUCACCAAAAAAACAAGCACACAACCCCCACUCGCCCACACACACACACACACACACACACACAAUGCCUUGUUGUCAUGCCCCACACUACAGAGAACAAUAACUCAGGUCAUGUGACCCCCCCCCCCCCCCUCCCCAAGAGUGUUUAUGACGUUCUCCUCCUCAAAGACUUUCUGCAGAAAUUAGACAUAUUUUUGUAUUUCCCCCGGGACCGAAUCAACUUUUUUUUUCUUCUUUUUUCUCCGCGUUGACCUGUUCAGGUUAGAGUUUCAGGUGCUAACGACACAUUCCAGAGGUCGACCGCGAGUCCUGGUGCGAGCCACGUAAGCUACAGCCUCCCGAGCUGAGGCGUUGACGGGAUACGUCAUUGUUUUUUAUUAAAUACGUACCAAAGCAAAUUGCAAAACGAUGUCGGGGAGGGGACCCCCCGUCGCGUAUUUUGGACACGAGAGGCGGAAGCGGAACGUUUUCUCUGCGUUUUGUGUUUUAGUUCAGCGCCGUCUAAACAUCGGUUUCAGUGUUUCAAACACGGGGCGAUAAUCGUUAUUUACCAAAUCUAAGCACUUACUUCGGAAGUGAGAUGAUAAUCACUACUUUUUUAUUUUAUUUUUUUUUUUAAGACCAAUUUGUAAGUUAAAAACAAUCAGAAGCGUGUAAAUAGAUAUUUUGUUGUUUGUUUUUGAAGUAAAGCUACACUAACUAUUUUUGUGAAACGCAGUUUUGCUAUAUAUAUAUAUAUAUAUAUAUAUAU